CCUUUUUAUAUAUAUAUUUUUCUCGCUAUUACUUCGACUCUUGGUGAUUAUUCUCGAUGGAAAUGGGAUACUUCAUGCGAGGUUAUUGCCACAUGUAAAGACGGAACCGCUACAGCAAACAAACACAGGUUCGGAAGAGUGCGCCCAGCCGAGCUCGGAGCACCGGCGAUCGGACACUUCCUUUGCGACGCCCGCCGAUUCCUCCCCGCUCCAGAAGCCCUGUCCCGGCCGCAGCCACGCCAGCCCCCAAUUCCGGACACUCAGCACCAUUCAGCGCGAAGCUCUUUCACCAGACAUGCCCUGUGUGCAGGCUCAGUACGGGCCCGCCCCUCCAGGCUCCGCCUACUCUGGCCAGUCCUUCAGUUACCAGGGCGACAGCUACAGCUCUGACCUCAUGACCCCUGACUACACCAAGCUGGACCUUGGUGGUGGAGAGAUCUCUGCCGCCGCCACAACCUCCCUACCCAGCUUCAAUGUCUUUGUGGAGGGGAGCUACGAGCCCAAAUCCUCCUGUCUCUACCAGAUGCCAUCACACAGGCCCAUCAAAAAGGAGGAGGAGAGCUACCCAACUGCUCCGCCACUGGAUGCCAUGUCCUCCUCCACCAUGUACUUUAAACAGUCUCCCCCAUCCACCCCCACCACCCCGUCCCUGCCGCCCCAGCCUGGCACCUCCUUUCUGUGGGAGGAGCACCCCCUGGCCCCUCCUUCGCACCACCACUCUCUGGGCUCCAGCCUGGAGACGUGCCCCCUCAAGUCGCCCCGCUUUCCGCACUUCUACCAGCACUCGCCUCCCCACAGUGGCGGCAGCGUCAGCGGUUACGAGAGCCUGGGUGGAGGACUUGUUCGCACCUCCUCCUCUUCCUCCUCCUCCUCCUCAUCUGUCUCCCAUCCUCACUGUCCACCCCUGGAGCAGCCCAUGUACCAGCUCCACCGCGGGGCCGGGGGCAGCAGCCUGGCCUUCCGCUCCCUGGCUCUUGGGCCCUGUGGCCCCCUACUAGGAGACAGCCUGCCAUCGCCUCCCCCGCGUGGCCCCCAAGGAGAGGGCACCUGUGCGGUGUGUGGGGACAAUGCAGCCUGCCAGCACUACGGCGUACGCACUUGUGAGGGCUGCAAGGGCUUCUUCAAGCGCACCGUGCAGAAAAACGCCAAGUAUGUGUGUCUGGCCAGUAAGAACUGUCCUGUGGACAAGAGGAGACGCAACCGCUGCCAAUACUGCCGUUUUCAGAAGUGUCUGAGUGUCGGCAUGGUGAAGGAAGUGGUUCGUACUGAUAGCUUGAAGGGUCGCAGAGGCCGUCUGCCUUCCAAACCAAAGAGCCCCCUGCAGACAGAAGCUUCUCCUCCUUCUCCACCCCUCAGCUUGCUCUCCGCUCUGCUCAGGGCUUAUUCUCACUGCACGCCCCGUGACCUCGACUACAGCCAGUUCAGUGCUGCCGACCCUCCUUCCUCCUCCUCAGAGGCCGAGCACAUCCAGCUCUUCUACAGGCUGCUCACCAUCUCGAUGGAGACCACGCGGUGCUGGGCUGAACGGCUGCCCGGGUUCUCCGAGCUUCAACGUGACGAUCAGAGCCUGCUCAUUGACUCUGCCUUCCUGGAGCUGUUUGUCCUGCGAUUGGCUCACAGGUCAAUGCUGUCGGAUGAUAAACUGGUGUUCUGUAAUGGCUUGGUGCUGCACAGGUUUCAGUGCCUUCGUGGGUUCGGAGAGUGGCUGGACUCCAUUCGGGACUUCUCCACCCACCUCCAGAGCCUAAACCUGGACGCCUCUGCCUUCGCCUGCCUGGCUGCCCUCGUACUGCUCACAGAGCAAGUCCCAGGUCUGAAGGACUCAAAGCGGGUUGAGGAGCUGCAGAAUAGAAUGAUUUGUUGUCUCAGAGACCACCUGGGUUGCAGCCCUGCUUCCUCCUCAUCCAAGGUGGCGCCCCCUCUGAGUCGUAUUCUGGGCUUAAGGGCAGAGCUCCGUUCCCAGAGGACCCAGGGCCUCCAACGAAUCUUCUACCUGAAGCUGGAGGACCUGGUACAGCCCCCUCCGUUGAUUGACAGGUUCCUGGACACUCUGCCCUACUGAGAGCCGGGCUAACCACACAGAGAGAAAACCCACAUCACGUUCUGUUCAGGCGCCCCCCUCCCCCACCCCCUCCCCCCUCAAGGAGCACGCACACACAUGCAGAGAGACUCUCACUCCACUCUGACUGAUGCAGAGCAGAGAGCCAAUCAAAUGCUUUUCACUCAACAGGACAACCAACUAAAUGCUUUUCACCAGUUCAAAAGACAAUUACUCAAACGCUUUACCACUUUUUAUUUGAUACUCCGGUUUUUCUCAUGUGGGGGAGGAUGACAAGGCUGAGAUGGACAACAGAAAAAUGACUUUUAACUGUCCUCUCGCCAUCUGGGUGGAAGCUCAUCCAGCAAAAAAGAAAGAAGGUUCAUGAGUACUGUUUAUCUGUGUUUUGGCCUGACUCAUCCAAUAUGAGGAUUUAUUUUUAGUGCAGAGGAAAGGGGUGAUGUCACUGUGUUCGAUGUCCCAGUGAAACUCAAGUCUCUGUGUGUUUUCCAUCCUCCUGCUGAAAGAAAGCAAGGGGGCGUUUUCAUACUGAAAAUUUACUGAAAUGUCAGAGGUCAGACAGCGUAAGCAUAGACAAGCAGGACACCGAUCUUUCACAAACACAUGGAAGUGGCUGUUGAGUUGGGCUCUUGAUUCCAAGUGCAAUUUCUUAAGUGCUAUCUCACCACAAAAGGGAGAAGUAAUGGUUUAAUUUCAAACUCUAAAUUAUUUUAGUCGAAAGACAUGUCUUGUACUGUCAGUAACUAAAGAAAGAGAGACAGUCCACACCUGGCUUUAGACAGCAAAGGUCAUACUGUGCACUAACGAUUGAUUACUGAGUCACCCAGACUUGAACUUGCUCUAGUAUGUUGUUUUUUUUAAUUAACUAAUUUUGAAAUCAUAGGUCGAGUAGAAGUAUGGAGGAAUGAACAUGGACAGAAAUUGGCUCUUGAAGCACUUACACCCUGAGAAGGGCUAGAAGCACAGACACACACCCUACCUGCUCCCCUGGAAGACGACGUGAGUCGGGGAGAGGAGGGUGCUCGACAGAUAGCUGUAUGUCCAGGGGUGAAACAUUCCGCAGUCAUGCUCUUUUUCUAUUUGUUUCUAUUGUGGAGGCCGUGUGAGAGUGUGGAGGACAUGGUUGCAUACUGUGUUUGUGUACGCUUAGAGAAGCCAGGAUCAUAUGCAUGGUGUGUUAUAAGCUGUCAAGAGCUGCCAUAGCCUGUCAAAACAGCUCAACCUGUGUUUGUGUCUCAGACUGUGGCUCUAUGGGGAUCUCCCUGGGCCUCCACCACCCACUCACACUCACGGCGGCAGUUUGAAAUAUGAAAAAAACGAAUUAUAUAGAUAUAAAUAUGAAUAUAUAUAUACAUAUAUAUAUAUAUGUAUACAAAACUAAUAUUUUGAAGUGUUUUUAGCUUUUUCAAAUAUUGUGGUACGAGUUGUGCAUUGUUUUUUGAAGAAGAGAAACAAAAAAGAAAAAAAAGUUGCUGUUUUUCAAUGUCCCUCUUUGGUUUGAGUUUCCUGUUUGAUCUUUUUUUUUUCUUUUAUCUUUGGUUCACUGGAUUUUCUGUUCAGCACUUUGAAAUCAUAAACUAGUUCUGAUUAUUCUGCC